AUGAGUAAGUUUUCCGAGGGAAAUUUGUUGUUCAAAUCUAAUUUUUCGGCCUGGAUUUCGCACUAUUGAAAAGAAAUUUUCUCAAAAUUUGAUGAAUAUUAGUAAUAAGAAAUUUCAGUUUUAAAUUUUAAACUUACAAUUAUAAUUUAUAUAAAUUAGUGAUAAAAAAGCUAUCAUCAUUUGAUUUUUAUCGGAUUGGGCUCAAAUUUUUUUUUGAGCAAUCUGGGUCUCUAAUGAAUAUAUGUAUUUCAAAAAUUGAAAAAUUGGCCAAAAAGAUAUGCAAAACUAGGUUUUCGUGUAAAUUUACUCAAAAAUGUCGAAUUUUGACCCAAAAUCGCAUAUGGGGUUAUUUUUUAUGCUGAAUUUGAUAAUAUGCAUCAAUUCCAUAGAUGAAAAAUUUUUCUUGAUCUUACUCAAAUUUCGAUUUGUUCAGGAUUUUCCAAGUUUCCACUAUUCCUUGAUUUAUUUUUGAAAAUACAAAGUAUAAGACUAAACUUGCAGAAGUGACUAGACAUCUUUCAUUUCCCACCUUAACCUUCGAAUUUCAUCAAUUCUAAGACACCACUGAUGUCUUCAAUAAGACCUUCCAGAAAAUUGGGUUUGGUCAUUUUCCCGAUUUUUCCUGAAAAUUUUUUUUUUUUCAUCAGAGUUUCUGAUUUUUAACCGUUUCCGAAGUGAAUCCAUGGUCAAAAUUCGACAUUUUUGAGUAAAUUCACACGAAAAACUAGUUUUGCAUAUCUUUUUGGCCAGUACUGUAUAUAGAUAAUCGAUAGAAUUUUCCAAAAAAAAAAAAAAAACUUCCAGAACAAACUGUGGCUGGUAUUGAUUAUUGCAAGCUUAACAAGUAUCAUGGAUUGGAUUUGUAUAGUAAACUUCAGGAAUCGUUCAUCAUUUUCAAAGAUUGUGCCAACUCCAGAUUGGCAUCCAAAAAUGAUAUUUUUGUAAGUUUUUGGUUGGUGCUAAUUUUUUUUAAUGUGACCAUUUUUGAAAGCUGCAGCUUUUCGAUGACGUGUUUUGAGUUACGGUAGACACAUUGUCGAUCAGAUUCAGAAAUGUUCUCUUGAAUAUCUAUUGAGGCUACUCGUGAUUAAAAACAUUCUUAUUUUCAGGUCUUCGAAUGUGAACAUGGAACUUCGGAUGUUUACUCAAAAUCAUUUAUGAGAAAUAUCGGAGAAAUCAAGAAAACAUUGCUUGUUUUGAGAAUGGUUGCUGAAAAGUAAGUCAAUUUACACAAAUGUAUACUUUUACCGCAACCUGUUUCUUUGUAUUUCAACUGAAUUACUGUAGCUGCGGGAGUUAUUGUAACUUGAAUUUCAAGUUACAAUAACUCCCAGGUUUAAAGGGUUACUGUAGCUAGCCAAUUACAAAUAUUACAGUAACUCAGGAUUACGAUACUUUAGUCUCAGGAAAUUUCAAAUCACAAAGUAUGUAACUAAUAAAUUGUCAAUUUUUUCGCAAAAUAUUCGAAAAAACCUGAAAUUUUGCAGACAAAUAUUUUGAGUUUCCGGCCAUUUACAGAGAGAAAAAAUAAUAAUUAAUUUUUUGCGCUAAAAACCGCUUAAACGGCACUUUAGAAUUGUUUGCGCAUGUGGUCAAGUCGUUAAACGCAUUAAUUAUGAGGUUACUAUACCCAGGUUCAAUUCCCGCUACGGGCGAAACUUUCAAAAUGUCUUUUCUAGAAUAGGUUGACUAGGGAAUCCAGAUUGGAGCAUAUUUCCUUGAGUAAUGGAAACAGACACUGGCAAAAUACGACCGAGCUGCAGCAGGUCUGCAACGCGCUCGCUUGCGCGAUGUCUGCAGAGGGUGGUUGAAAACGUUUCCUUGUAAAUUUAUAAUGCUCCGACGACUUUAAUUUCAGAAAAACUUCACGUGAGAUCAUGCGGAGCUGCACAAGAGAAUUUCUCAACAAAAUUCGGAAUUUAUACAACACAGCUGCGCCGAGGUAAGUGCUCAUUGCUGCUCUUCAACCAAUGAUUUGUUUUUUCUCAGUAAGAUUGCAUCACCUGAACAACAAGUCAACGAAGUAUUCCAGUUCCAUGUUCUUGAUUUUUAUAUCAAAAACAUUGUCGAAACUGAAGUAUAA